AAAGGUGUGCAAUGUAGAACUGCAGCCACAAUGACAAGCUUGAUUCUGCUCACAGGCAUUUUCCUGUUAUUUAUUCAUCUUGGUUCAACCUAUCAGCUAAUAUGCUACUUCACCAAUUGGGCCCAGUACAGAUCUGAUCUGGCAAAGUAUGUGCCUACCAACAUUGAUCCCUUCCUGUGCACACAUCUGAUCUACGCAUUUUCCAAGAUUAACUCUUCAAAUCAGCUGGCCACCUCCGCGGGGAAUGAUGAGACUCUCUACCGAUCAUUCAAUAGUCUGAAGCAAAGUAAUCCAAGCUUGAAGACACUUUUGGCUGUUGGAGGAUGGAACUUUGGUUCAACUCAAUUCUCUGAAAUGGUGUCCACACAAGCAAACAGAAAUACAUUCAUCCAGUCCUCCAUCAGCUUUCUCAGAGAGUAUGGAUUUGAUGGUCUGGAUCUAGACUGGGAGUAUCCGGGAGCCCGCGGCAGUCCUCCAGAGGACAAGCAAAGAUUCACUCUGCUCUGUCAGGAGCUUCGACAGGCCUAUGAGGCUGAAAGCAGUGCUACAGGACGUCCCCGGCUUAUGGUUACAGCUGCAGUAGCUGCUGGGAAAUCAGCUAUAGAUGGUGCAUAUGAAAUUCCUCAGAUUGCCCAGUACCUGGACUUCAUUAGUAUGAUGACUUAUGACUUUCAUGGGUCUUGGGAGAGUAUCACUGGUCACAACAGUCCUCUGUAUCAAUGGUCUCAGGAAACAGGAAAUGGAAUUUACCUUAAUACUAAUUAUUCAGUGACAUACUGGAAGGAUCAGGGUGCUCCAGUGGAGAAGCUGAGGAUGGGUUUUGCUACAUAUGGCAGAACAUUCCAACUGUCAUCUACAGCAAGUGGCCUGGGAGCUCCAACAAGUGGCCCUGCUUCCGCUGGCACUUACACCAAACAGGCAGGCUUCUGGUCUUAUUAUGAGAUCUGCAGCUUCCUUCAAGGAACCAGCAUACAGUGGAUCCAAGAUCAAAAAGUACCUUAUGGCACAAAGAGUGAUUGGUGGGUUGGCUUUGACACCAAAGAGAGCUUUAAUAUAAAGGUGACCUAUCUCAAAGAUAAUAAGUUGGGAGGGGCCUUUGUGUGGGCUCUUGAUCUGGACGAUUUUAGUGGACAGUUCUGUGGACUGGGAAAAUACCCUCUCAUCAGCGAGCUCAAGAAACAGCUAACCAGUGCUUCUACUGCUCCUCCUACAGAAGCUCCUACUGCUCCUCCUACUGCAGCUCCUACAGAAGCUCCUACUGCAGCUCCUACAGAAGCUCCAACUGCUCCUCCUACAGAAGCUCCUACUGCUCCUCCUACUGCAGCUCCUACAGAAGCUCCUACAGAAGCUCCUACAGAAGCUCCUACUGCAGCUCCUACAGAAGCUCCAACUGCUCCUCCUACAGAAGCUCCUACAGAAGCUCCUACUGCUCCUCCUACUGCAGCUCCUACAGAAGCUCCUACAGAAGCUCCUACUGCAGCUCCUACAGAAGCUCCUACUGCUCCUCCUACAGAAGCUCCUACUGCUGCAGUUCCACCUAGGUACUGUAGAGCCAAGGAAGAUGGAACCUAUCAAAAUCCUUUUAAUAAACAAUCUUUCAUCCAGUGUGUUGAUCGUAGGGAAAUUGUACACCUCUGCCCAGCUGGCACUACCUACAAUAAGCACUGCCAAUGUUGCAAAUAACCAUAAACUGCCACAAGUUUACUGAACACAUGAUGUAGACAUGAUUUUAAAAUACAUUUGUAACAGAUAAUAUAACAGCACAGCAUUGCCUGAACAUAGUUACACAUAUAGCUUGAAGUCAAUCCCAGAGAGUCUCAAUUCACUGAUUCCAGAGACAGAAACUAAGAUUCAGCCCCAAAGGUUGGGAGUCGAUUCAGUACACUGAAAAUCAUUCGCCUCAUGCAAACCCUGCUAACAAAAUUAAUUUAGUAUUGGAGUGUUUCAGUUAGCUAACAGAUAUUUAUUUUGUCUUUAUUUUGAUAUUUGUUAUUGGAAAUUUAAAGUUGAACAAAUAAGGGUUCAAAAAUCCAGACAUAUACACUCGCUGUCCACUUUAUUAGGAAUACCUGUACACGUACGCAUUCAUGUAUUUAUCUAAUCAGCCAAUCAUGUGGCAGCAGAACACAUUAGCUUCCACUCCUGUCAACCAAGAACAGCAAUCUGAGGCUAACAUGGGUACAGACUCACCCAAACUGGACAGUUAUAGAUGAAGGGGGGAAAUGACCUGGUUUUUUUCCAGUCUUCAACUGUCCAGCUUUGAAUAUUUUUUUUCUGCAUUUUGACAUCAUCAUCAAUUAAUUUUUCAGCUUCAUGAGGCAGUCAUCUGGAAUUCUUUUCAAUUAACAGAUGUGUCUUGUCAAAAUUUAAUAGUGGAAUUUAUUACCAUCUUAAUGUGUUUGAGAUCAUCAAACAGUAAAUAGUAAAUAAUAAAAAUACAGUAAAUAUCCCAAUUCAUCAACUGUAGUAAUCCAUAUUAUGUCAAGAACCGCUCAACUAAGUAAAGAGAAACGAGAUCCAUCAUUACUUUAAGACAUGAAGUGUUUUUUAAUUAAUAAAACUAAAGAGCAAACAUUGAAUUAAAUGUGUUCAAACU